UCGCAAUCUCGUACUCGCGAUCAGACCGUGGAGUCGACGACAACCCUUCCAACCGAGCCAGUGCUUUUCUCUCCGUCACGCAUCGCAGUUGCGUUCCGUUUGCCCCCUGAAGACGAAUUUCUACCAGAGGAAACCCGCCACGCUAAACGAAAAUCAUGUAUCGAAGGAUUCCAGUGCUAGUCGUCGGUCUCGUGCUCGUUUCGGUGGCCCGUUCAGACGAAACCUUGAAGUGCUACAUGUGCACUUCGUUCUCGCAACCGGGCUGUGACACUGAUCCAAAGGCAAAUAACAUCGAACCCACCGAAUGCACUCUGGCGCACAUGGCCGACUGGCAACAGACCGUACUACAGCACAAAAGCUUGAGUACAAUAUCUCGCAUCUUCGAAGUCGACACCUCGCACUCGUCGCAGCAGUACCAGGCUGUUGCACCCAUGGCCUGCGCGAAACUGAUCCUGAAACUGAACAAACACGAGGUUACGGUGAGAAGCUGCCAGACAGCGAAGACGGAGACCAUCGAUCCUUGCAAAACGAUACAAGGACAGUUCAAUAACGACCUCAUCAGUGUGGAGCACUGCGAGCUCUGUAUGGAAGACGCUUGCAACAGCUCGAUCGCCAAUUCGGCCAGGAUUCUCCUUGUUUUAUUGUCGAUGGUCGGCUCUGUAAUCCUUGGCGCUCUUUACAACGGAGCGUAACCUUCGUGCACUGGUUUACAGAAUUAAUUGCGACCGCCAUCGGAGACGUUCCACCAGAGAUGGGCACAAUUUUAUUCGCGUAACGGAUAACGAAUAAAAUUAACGCGUAGCAAUCUAUUCGUUUAUUCAAUUGUACAACUAAAUUUGUAUUCGUUGUGGAAUAUUUCAUUUCACAAAUCAAACUCUAAUUAAAGAGUAAAGAAUAAACAGGUCCUCUUUUCUUUCACAA